ACUGGUUUAGCUCUGACGACAAUAAUUUGGACGGUUUCGUUGGGCGUUCGUUUCGUUCGUUGCGGGUAUCUAGUUUACUUUCCAGUGCAUGCGCGCGAUGGGAAGCUUGCUGCUUUGCCUUAAGGUUUUCAAGGCCUAUAGUCACACGUAUCAGCUGGCAUUGAUUGGUAACUUUUAUCAGCGGUACGUCUGGCUCACGUGCUACCUGCGAUAGGAACGUGGUGCCACGGUGUUCAAACUCAAGUAACGUGCCUACGUCGGUACGCGUCGGUCUGUCACGCGGUGCUGUGUCUUGGUGUGGUCGCCGACGAACGUAUAGCUAUGGGGACUGACCGCAUCUCGCAGAAGUGCCUGGCGGUAACGGCACUUCUUUUGAUGCAUUGUCCGCUACUGCUUGCGCUUCACCUAACGGAAGGUUACUGCAGCGCGUUCCCUCUCGUCGUUAACACUUGGGGAUUCUCCAACGCUACACUCCGAGCAUGGGAAGUGCUUACUGCCGAGAAUGGGACAGCGCUGGAUGCUGUGGAGCAGGGCUGCGCACAGUGCGAGAGGGACCAGUGUGAUGGCACAGUUGGGUACGGCGGCAGUCCAGACGAAGGCGGAGAGACGACUUUGGAUGCGCUGAUCAUUGAUGGCCCCAGCUACUCCAUGGGGGCUGUGGGUGACUUGCGCCGGGUGAAGCAUGCCAUCUCCGUGGCACGGGCAGUGAUGGAGCGUUCCACUCACACGUUCCUCGUUGGCGAGAAAGCCACCCAGUUUGCAGUCGAAAUGGGCUUCCAAGAAGAGUCGCUGGCCACGAACCACUCCAAGCAGAUGUGGGCUGAAUGGAAGGCCAACAACUGCCAGCCAAACUACCGCCAGAAUGUGGUUCCGAACCCCCGGACAAGUUGUGGUCCGUACCAGCCAACGAAACAGCUGUCUGCAGACAGGCGUGCCUGCCCAUCUGCAGCCAGUGAGCUCAACCACGACACUAUUGGCAUGGUGGUCAUCGAUGGCAGCAAGAGGCUGGCAGCAGGCACCUCCACAAAUGGCAUGAACCACAAGAUCCCAGGCCGCAUCGGGGACUCGCCCAUCCCUGGCGCGGGCGCCUAUGCUGACCAGGAAGUGGGCGGGGCUGCGGCCACUGGCGAUGGCGACAUCCUCAUGCGCUACUUGCCAAGCUUCCAUGCAGUGGAGAGCAUGCGUCGGGGUGCGGACCCACGGAGUGCGAGCGUUGCUGCCCUCCAUCUCAUCGUACGGCACCAUCCACAGUUUGUAGGUGCCCUGGUGGCUGUCAGCGUCGACGGGACUUAUGGAAGAAGUUUCCCGUGCAGUUCUGCUUUGCCCAUAGCUGUUCGUGCGGCCAGAUACAACGUGAAGCUUGUGGUCACUAUUUUUUUGUACUGCGACGACAGCAGAGAGUUCUAUAUAUGGAAACAUGCUGCGCCAAAAGAAAGAAUGCCCCACAGAUAAGUCCAAAGUGUGUGAACGUCAUGUUGAGGACGACGAUCUGUAUUUGAAUUCUUGAGAACAAGUAUAUAUUGAUUCCUCACUGGAAAUGUGGACGCUUGUUCAUGGCGCGAUUCCAUGAUUUAGUUAUUAUCGGUCUUCGCGAACACAUCUCGAAGCCAAAAAAUGUGAUGCAAAAGCGAAGUUCUCUAACAGAAGCAGCUCGAGAGUCAACAGGCAUUUCGACGGAAGCUUGCAGGGAUGCACUUCAUGCAGGUUUCAAACCAAAUGUAAUUAGAAUAUUGUUGUGCUUGCCUUCAAAAUAUGCGCUACAACAGACUGUGAUCAACAACCUCAUGACUGUGAUUUUGCCUUCUGUACUCUGAAAGCGUGUAUUUAUUGAAGACAAAGCUACGCAGCAGCGAUAUCUGGAUCGUUUUACAUGAGGCAACUCGUAGGUGAAAUUUUUUUAGUUACGAGAAGUGUUGUCCGUGAAGUGUAUCGCACCUAAUUUGCUUCAUGAAAAGCUGCAACAAAAUCCACAAAAUGUUAUUUCGAGCGCCUAUACUACCCUCAAAGGCAUAAUUGAAAUCAUCCUCAGAGAAGCAGAUGGCUUGACAAUUAAGCACGGCCAGGUGAGCAUAACAUCAAGCCAAAGUAAAGCAGCAAGAUACACGAUCAUAUGUGCAACACAAACAGUGUAGUGCACUACUUGCGAAAGGUUAUGAACGUUACCUCUUGCUGUAGAUGCAACUUUGUUCAAGCAAGCCGCUGAACACAACCUUAGGAGACUACAGAAAUGUAAGUAUGGGCAACACGAUGAAGUAAGAUACCUGUGACUUUAAAUGUAGGCGAUUCUGUACCCCCACAAGCCUCUUUAUUCACAGAGAUAUGAGGUCGUUCAAAACGAUCCAGGCAUAUUCACCAUUGAUGAACUUGUACAGAAUUAAACAUUGAUUCAUCACACUUUCGUGAAUCCUGCUUCCGGCGAUUUAUUCUGGAACACCCCAGUCAGGCUGGAGAAACCAUCCCCGAGUGCCUGCAUUUGGAUGUGAAGAUUUGUAGUUGUUCACACGACUAAUCAAGCUUGAUAUGAUCACGCGCAUUCACUUGACAAAAAAGAAAAGAAAAAGAACGAAUAUUAAGCGACCACUUGCAGAGCACGUGCACGUGACCUGCCAGUAAAGAAAUGCAAGAUUAUUUUGAAAAAGGUUGCUCAAGUAAAUAAAAGACUUCACAGUGUUUGUUGCCAAUUUUGUUCGUAGAAAAUAAAAUAAUCCUUUGACCUAUGAAUGUUUGGUUGUCAAAUCGGUUCUUGCCACUUCCUGCUGAUCACAUUGAGCAUACAUAUUUUUGGAUGCGUGAGGGACAUGUAAAAGGGCAUGCACAAAUUAGGUUUAUGAGACAAGGAACAGAUGACGGGCGGAGGAAUUCACCGAGCACAUUCAGUUUCCAUAUAGGAGUUUCGUUUGUUUAUUGUUUAUAACUUAUACAGAUGCGAAUAAUCUGCAUUUACACUACUUUAACAAAUUAAUGUACAUCUUAACUUUGGAAAUGAUGCAUUUUUGUGCCGAUACAAGGCAUUACACUUUUAAUGUGACAGACAGAUUUUGUAAAGGGCACUCGCCAAAGAAUGCUUAUGCAUUAAAAUAAUCAGAGGCAGUUAGCUUACCAGCAGAGGAGUAGCAUUUGGUGCACCUUACAAUCUUAAGCUGCGCGCAAUGUGUUCUUAAUACCACUGCAAAAAAUAUACAGGCGCUUGUAUUUAUUAUACAUAAUAUGAAUAUGCUGCUAGAAAAAAAGCACUGAGCAAUCCAGUUUGGCGCUUCUGACUAGGAAAAGUUGGUUGGAAAACCGAAUCGCCGCGCCUGGCUGCUCAUUUGCCCUGUACAGCUACAUCCUCGAUACGCCAACCACAUGUGCAUUUCAAGGUCGCCACAGGAACAUAUCAUUUUUUGCAUUAACCUUGGCGUAAAAACAUUGACCAGGCAGCUAAAUUACAUUCAGUAACAAGCAAGCGGUACGGGUUAGGUGGGGGCAAACGACGCAUUGCACCAAUCAUAGUGGACGAAGCACAGUACUGUGCGUGAAGAGAGAUGCGACUACAAGUCACAUUGACACAGAUACAUAGACACAAUAAAGUCACGGUUACUUAAGCGCGGCAGGUUUGUGACAAAACUCAGAGUGUGUAUCUCAACUACAUUUACCGAUGGAGAAGCGCUACAGGCCAGUUGGUGCAAAUGACACAUUGCAGCAGGAGCAGACGACGCGUGGUGUGUGACGAAAUACGCGACUGCAGCACCGGUAGUUCCAGUGACAGCCACUGCAACCACAUCGGCUAGUGAGCUUGUGUUCUGUGGUGAGCUGUGAAACUGAAGUAUGUCUAAGAACGUUGAUCCUGAUGGCGUGUUUUUAGUGAUUAAUUUUAGUUAUAUCUGGAACCACUCAGUCGAUUUACAAAGUAAUUAAUUUUUGAAAUUAGCAUGAAAAACUGCCUGUGUGACAAUUUUCAUUAAAUUUAGCCAAAAAUAAAAAAAAGUUUCUAAACCCCUCCUCCCCCUUAAUUUAAUUGCAAGUGUUUGAUUAUUAAAGAGAAAUUGAAGGCCAAAUCUUCGUUCUUUGAAAUUUCAUGCUAAAACCUCGGUGCCUGUAUGCCAGUGUGAUGCCACAAACAAGGCAUCUCUUUUUUUGUGUGUGAGUUUAAGCCAUUGUAGUGUGGCAAAGGUUCUCAAAAAUUGCCAAGUGCGGUGUUUGGCUUCUUUAGAAUUAAAUGCCACCCACCUUUACCUAUAAAAAAUUAACAGAGGCCGAGCUGCCAAAAUCCACGAUGUCACAUCAAGCUGGUGUGGCAACUUGAGGACAGUGGACGUCACCCGUAUUAUGUCUUUACCGGCUUUGCUUAGUCUCCUCUCACAAUAAAGACGGCUUCAUAUUGUAGAUGCAUAGUUUAGCAACACAGAUUAACUUAUUUUACCUCUUUAGUGUCCCCCUAAAGUGACAUUAAUGAGGUUGGUAAACUGCUCUUUAAAAGCUUUUUGGCAGGAAAAGGGCGACUGUAUCUGGAGAAAGUGAGGGUCAAACUUUAACCUUGCUCAUUUCGUGCUGAAUCCUUGGCAGCGGCAUAUUGCACAUCAUGCAUUUCAAAGCAUUUUCGUGUAUUUUGGCUGUUUGGGCACUGCGAAACUCACUGGAUUGAGUUUUCUGCUUCUUAAUUUAGUUCUUUAUUAGUGACAAAGAGUUAACUAGACCAGAGUACUAUAUGCAAUAAAAAUCCAUCACGUCAUACUGAGCUGGUUUUAGAACUUCAGGACGUAGUUCCAACACGCCUUUGGUUUUUGCAUAUUUUGUGGCUUACCAAACCUUGUCUUGUGUUUCUUGGGCGCAUCUUAAAGGGGCCCUGCGACCCAAAUUAUGCGUGUUAUGUUGUUCCACAUUUGCUAACUACAAGACUUGACCCUGCAAUGCCUUCAGCACCAGCAAAAGCACUAAAAUCGGAGCAUUUGAUAUUUUUAUUUGCUUCUGAAAUCAGUUUUCUGCGCCGACUGCAGCGUCACACAAACAAUCUUCGACAGUGGAUGUGAUGCAGAAACACGUGACGUGUGCUGAUCGUUUUUGUUGGUUGGGCAGGAAGAAUAUAUUGUCACAUUGUGGUGACCAUCAAAAACAGAGUAGCAAAGCUGUGAAUGACACGAAACUAACUUUUUAUUGUGCGAUCUUGUGCCCACAAAAGCAAGUGACAUUCGAAGCACAACGAUAGCACCAAACACAGUCAGCGAUUGUCGAAAUCUGAUCAGCAGGUCAAGCACGUCAGUUUUUAUACAUGACUCAUCCUCAAAGUACUACAUAAUUUGCGUAGCACCUACAAGUGGAUUGCACAAGGUUCAGUGCCAACGGAAAACGGAUAGAGCCAUCGAUAACAUUCGUGAAACUUGCAAUACAUGCAGCUGAUUCCUGCAUCGAGCGAUAGCAUUUAACAUUUGUUUGCUGGCGAAAAGUAGUCACCGGAGAUAGAUAAACAAGUACACAUGUCAAUAUAUCAAGCAAGGCCAUGAAGGGAAGGCCUCAAUGGGAAAAAGACUUCCAGUAUCACAGGAUGUAUGGCCACAUUUUGAUUGGAAGCAUUACAAGUCCUCUCUGGUUGAGCGAAAUGUAAAAUGAUAUACCUCUUCCUGUCUGCUUGUAUCUCGAAUAUGUAAGUUGAACCACUUUCUUUUGGCCAUGUCAGUUUUUGUAAUUCUUUUUUUUGCAUGCACCUUGGGAUAACACUUGGAACAUGUCGUGAUGCAGAAUUUGACAGGUGUAAACCCCAGCUGGUCAAAACUAAUGGGAAGUGGCAUUCAUCGUAGCUUAAUGUACGGCUUCAGAACAUUAAGCCACACAAUUGGAUUCGUUUCGUUUUACAGAAGAUGUCUUAUAGUGAACUGCUCACUACAGCUUGACUGCUUUAUUUGUGCGAUAGGAGAAGCUGCAGACGACUAGCAAUAAUGUACGAGAACAGCCCUGCACUAAUGAAAAAAUGGUCGCGGCCAGCUGCUAAGAAGACAGAUGCAGGAGAUGUGAAGGUAGUGUGCAGCUGUUGCUGGACUGCUUUUAUUUGAAGAGUAAGCACACAAGCACGGUAUUUUUUCUUGUUCUUUCUUUUUUCUUGGGUUAAACCACUUGACUUCUUUAACUGACUUUCUGCAUUGUGCUGGCUGCAUAUCGAUUGAUAGAGCACUUAUCAGUGCCAAUGCAUUCACUAGAGGCCACGUUCACCUGCGGGCUCUCCACACAUUCAUUGCCUAGUCUGUAUGUUUGAAAGUUUACUUAACAUAAUGAACGUAUACAAUUGCAAAGUACACACUUUUGGGACCCAACAAAUUUGUUAAAAGGUCCCUACCGAUUGUUAUUUGGAAAAAACACUUCUAUGGCAGCUGUUCUUUUUAUACUGUAAAAUCGCAUAAAACUGAUAUAGCUGAAUAAGUAAAACAAGAAAAUACAGUAUUAGGGAAAAUUUCACAAAUGCGAUACAUUUUUCUGACAAUUUUCUUUGUUACGUCAUCGAAAACAUCUGUACAGGAAAAGAAAAAAAAAAGAAAAGUGAGGACAUGUGCAAGCAUGUGCAGUGUUAUGCAUUGUUAAUAAGUGAGUGUUUUAAUUGUUUAAGAAAUGUAUGCGAUGUUCUUAGAGUGGUUAGGUCACUAUCAAGCUUAUUCCAAACUGAGGUGCCUGUAAACUGUAGUGUAGAGCGGCCAUAAUUAGUGUUUACCUUAGGCUAUAAAAAACGACAGCGAGAUGCGUUUCCAACAUUGCGAAGUGAGGGAUGGAGUGAGACUGUUGUCAAGGCUAGUUUUUCAUUAACUAUUUGAUGCAUGACUGAGGCGAUGUUGUAUGUUGUCAAAUCGUAAGUGUUGAGGAUGUUGAGGGUUUUAAAUAAAUCUUCACUCUUAAUAUGCAUACUGUUGGGCGCUAUAAUGUGAAGAGCUCUUUUUUGAAGUGUAAACACCGGUGACAGAUGAGUUUUGUAUGUGCAACACCAGCUCGCUAAGGAGUAAUUAAUGUGAGAGUGAACAAAUGCGUAGUAAAGAUUGAUAAGCAUGUGGGGAGGGAAAUAGUUUCGACAUUUCGGCAGCACAUGCAAGCCAUAUGAAGCCUUAUGAACUACCGAACGCACAUGAAGGCGGAAUUUUAAAUGGUUAUCGAUAAUAACACCAAGAAAUUUUGUCUCACUAGAUUGUUUUAUCGGAUGGAUAUUGUAAACGACAUCUGUAUGAAUAGCCGUUUUCCUUUUUUCAGAGUGAAAUAAGAUAAGAACUGUUUUCGUUGGGUUAAGGUGAAGGGCAUUCAGUGUACACCAAUGGUGCAAAAUUUGUAAUUCAGAGUUAAGCUUAUUAAUUAGGUUGCAUUCUUCACGAUCGGCAAUAAUAAGGUUAGUAUCGUCUGCAUAGAGUACAGGGGUAGCACACACAAGCUGCAAAGGCAAGUCAUUUAUAUAGAGUAUUUAUUACAGUGCAUAAAGUGAUGCAAACAAGUUACAUCACCUGGUAAACGAACUGUUAGCACUCAUAAUGACAGACAAGUGAUACAAUCACCAGGUGUACAUUUCUUUCA